CCUGUGCUACUUAUGUUUGUUCCCAUUUCCAGCUUACUUCACUUGGUUUCACUCCUACUGCUCUCUCUCUCUCUUCUCUUCCAAGGUUCUUGUAUAUCACACACAUGGACUACUCUUCUUCUUCUUCUUCUUCUUCUUCUUCUUCAUCAUCACCAUCAUCAUCAAUAACUCAACGUAGGUCGGCAAAUUUCGAGCCAACUAUAUGGAGUAAUGAUUAUCUUCAAUCCUUAAGGGAUGACCAUUUCAUGGAUGAGAAAUUUAAAUCAAGGAUUGAAAAGUUGAAAGAGUCUGUAAAGCAUUUGCUUUAUGAAACCAAAGACAUCAUUCAUCAAUUAAAGCUCAUCGAUACUCUAAGCCAGCUUGGAGUUGCACAUCACUUUGUGAGAGAGAUCAAGGAUGCUUUUGGAACUAUAUAUAGUGUGAUGAACAUAAAUAUUAAUAUCUUAAAGGAUGACUUAUUUAGCACCUCGUUGCUAUUUAGGCUUCUAAGAGAGCAUGGUUUUAAAGUUUCACAAGGAGUUUUUGAUGGAUUUAAAGAUGAAAAUGGUAACUUCCAAUUAAGCCUUUGCGAUGACAUAAAAGGAAUGCUUAGCUUGUAUGAGGCCUCUUAUAUGGCCAUGGAAGGAGAGGAUGCAUUGGAGAAAGCUAGAGUUUUCACAACCAAACACCUUGAGGGUAUUAUUGAGAAAGAUGACAUAGAUCCCAUACUCAAGGAGCAUAUAGAACAUGCUUUGGAGUUGCCAAUGCAUUGGAGGAUGCCAAGGUUGCACACUCAUUGGUUCAUUGGAAUUCAUGAAAAGGAAGACAACAUGAACCCCGUUUUGUUAGAAUUUGCUAAAUUAGACUUCAACAUACUCCAAAGUACACACAGAAAAGAAAUCAAACAAUGUUCACGGUGGUGGUCCACUCUCAACCUUCUUGAUGAUGAUUUAAGCUUCUCAAGAGAUAGAUUAGUCGAAAAUUACUUAUUUGCUAUGGGAUGGGUAUCCAAAGCAAAAUUCUCAUUUUACCGCGAGACUCUUACCCAAGUCAAUUGUCUAAUAACAGUAAUAGAUGACAUUUAUGACACUUAUGGAUCUAUUCAAGAGCUUGAGCUUUUCACUUCUGCUGUUGAUAGAUGGGAUGUUAAUGAUAUAGAUUACCUUCCAAAGUUCAUGAAGAUUUGUUUUCUAGGACUCUUCAACACAACCAAUGAUACAGCAUAUAAGGUCCUCAAAAUGAGGAAUGUCAAUUGCAUCCCAUAUCUAAAGAAAUCAUGGUUAGAAUUGUGCAAAGCUUAUUUGAUGGAGGCAAAUUGGGCACAUAGUGAUUACAAACCAACAUUGAAGGAGUACUUGGAUAAUGGAUGGAUUUCAAUUGGGGCUUUUCCUAUUUUUUUUUAUUCAUGUUUUUGCAUAAAUGAAGCUAUAUCAAAGGAAGCUUUGGAGAUUCUAGAGAAUUUUCUAAUUAUAAUGCGCCAACCAUUUGUGAUUGCUCGCCUUUGCAAUGAUCUUGGAACAUCAACAGAAGAGGUCAAUAGAGGUGAUGUCAACAAAUCCAUUCAAUGUUACAUGCGUGAGAAAGGUGUUCCGGAGACAAUUGCUAGGGAGCACAUACAAGACCUUAUAAGAGAGACAUGGAAGGAACUAAAUACAAAGAUCUUUACAAUGAGUUCCCUAUUUGAUGUAUCCUUGAAUAAUUUGGCAAUGAACAUUGCACGUACUGGACAUUUCAUGUACGACCAUGGAGAUGGAUUUGGUAUACCACAACAUAAGACGAAGGAUAGAGUCAUAUCACUUUUUAUUAAACCCAUUCCCUUUGAUAAGAUGUAACUAUAAUCUUUUUGUAUGCUAAUUUUUUACUAUAAAGCAUCAUUUUACCUAAUAAUGUAUAUAAUUAAGUGAUUGAAUUUCGACGAAGAA